CGAUUAAUUCGAGAACAUUCACAAUCAAUCUGACAAUCAAUUGUGGCGUUGCAACAAACAAUUUGCGAAAAAAUCAUUUGUCCGUCUAAUGCAAAGAUUAUCAGCGCGAUUGCUAUAGCGAUAAAAUUAUUAAUACAAGUCAAUAAAAUUGCAGAAAUUCAGUCAUCAAUUAAGUAGCAACUGUAGUAAAUAAAUAUAUAGUGGCAAUGCGCAUAAUUGUAAAGUUGUGAAGACAAACUACUUGCGGCAUCGGUGGUUGUGUGCAAAUUCGGGAUAUCGAAAACUAGUAAAUUUUACUAUCAACAAUACUAAUAAUGGCAUUAUCUACUGCAGGGGAAAAUAAGCCACCUAUACUUCAUAUACUGGUUGUAGGUUUUCAUCACAAAUUGGGCUGCCAGGUUGAGUUCUCAUAUCCACCGCUUAUACCAGGCACAACGGGUAAAAAUGAAUGCCCAUCUGGUUGGAAAUAUUUGCCAACCUUAGCGCUGCCCGAUGGUUCACAUAACUUUGCGGAGGAUACCGUGUUCUUCAACUUGCCUAGUCUGACUGAACCGACCGAAAGUGUCUAUGGAGUAUCGUGCUAUCGACAAAUACCAAUUGAGAAAUUAACAAUUCGUACAGCUGAUAUGACACGAAGUACAGUGCAAAAAUCAAUUGUAGCACUCGCUCGACUGCCUAUCUAUGGCUACAUAGAGGUUAAACUCUCCUUAAUCGCGGAUGCAUUUUUUGAGAAAGGGGAUUUUUCUUGCACGGAUUUACUAAUAAAAGCAUACCAACAACUGAAUGCCUGCUUAUUGGACGAUGAAACCCAACGGCCACUACGUAAUUUCUACGUUGGUUUGUCAUUACGUGAAAUCGUACUACAAUGGCGCCACAAGGUGUUAAUUCUUUUCAAAUUGUUCCUUUUACAACGUCGAGUUGUGUGCUUUGGUUCACCGGUACGCGGAAUGUGCGUGCUAGUAUUAGGCAUCGCAUCAUUAAUACCACGUCUGCUAGAAAAAGGAUUUCAAGAAGUGGCUUGUGUGCGAACAUCACGACCAUUAUCACCCAUGCCCGAUUUCACCGAUUCAAUACAACAAGAGACGGCAGAAUUAAAGCAAUGUGAGGAAGAUUUAACUGUUUUUGAGAACAAUGACCAACAACCAACAACUAAAAUAGUGGAAGAAGUUUGUGUGUGUGAAGAUGAUAACGGCAUCAGUACUGUCGUUGACACAGUAGACGAUUGCACUUUGGUAUCAUCUGCUAUGUCGGCAGCGAGCCAAGCGGCUACUGAUGACACAUCAACUAAUACAACUUCAUCAACAAGAGAGCUAAACCGUCUUGAUUCAUUGGAGGGUGCUGUUGAUGUCGGUAGUAAACGGUUUGCACGAAGCGAUUCACUAACCCGCGAAGGCAGUGUAGAUACUUUGGCAUCAACGCUAUGUACAUUAUCUUCAAUUAACCCAGAUGAAUAUCGUGCACCCAUAACAAUUUUCGCCAGUGGUAAUCUCUUCUUGCCAUAUCUCUCGUUGCCAUACAUGGAUUUACUUAGUGAUCCGUCUGUACUGAGCUAUGUCAUAGGAACCUCGAAUGUAUUAUUCCAGCAGAAGCGCCAACUUGCCGAUGUGCUGGUGGAUGUAGAAAAUGCCAAUAUAGAUGCGCUCGAUGCAGAAUUACGACGUCAGUUGGUUUUAAGUACCGAAGAUUUACGGUUCAUGGACUACUUGCUGAAACAUGUGCAAUCGCCCAAAGAGGACGCUGAGGGCAGUGAACAUUGGAUACGUGAUCAAUUUCAAGGCUAUAUAUUAGCGCUCUUGCGUACGGGGGUGUCCAGCGAUGUUACUACCAAAGACAACGAACACUUCAAUGCGCAUUUUAUGCAGGCAUUUAAGCGCACGCAAUGUUUUCAAGAAUGGUACGAUGUGCGUCCUGAUGCAGAAUUUUUCGACGCCUUACCCGCUGGCCACCCAUUUGCGGGUACACUCUCUGUAGCCGAUAUGAAGCUAAAAAUUGCGCAAACAAUGCAAAACAGCGAAAGCGGUCGCAAAAUCAAUCAAGCCGUAAACACAACCAGCCGUGUUGUAGGAGUUGCACUCUCGCAGGCGAAGGGCACAUUCUCCACCUGGUGGUCAUCCAUAACCACACCACCCACACAGAUUGCUGCCGCCGCCGCCACCGACAUUGGGGAUGGAGAAAAUAAUACGGCGGCAACUGUCAAACCGGUAAUGGAACAAUUAACGGAGCAACCACAAGAAAUUUCGAUUACAUUCCAAAAGCAUAAUGACGACCCAGAACGUGUAAAUAUACAUAUUGAGGGCGAAAAGAAAUUGAACUGCAUUGGUAGUAACAAUAGCAGUAGCGGAAGUGAGAAACCCAUUGACAGUGCUGAAGAAUUAGACGAGGACGAAGUUGUUGUGGACAAUAAGCACACUACGAGUGGCGAGGAGAAUGAUAGUCAAACAGAUAUUAGUGCAGAGCAUUUGCAACAAGGCAUUGUGGAGAUUGGACGUGAAGCUGAUGUAUUAAAUAAACCUAAAGCGGCACCAUUGCAAACACCAACAUGUGGCACAGAUGUUGCAAAUGAGACACCACCACGUGGCAAUGGUGAUGUAUUUAUUGUAUAAAUGCGUUAAGAAAAUAUAAAUUUUUUAUUUGUUAAAUUUACGAAAUGUUUUCAUCAAUAUUUCUCCAUUUAUGUGUAGUUAAUUUAUUUAUUGUUUACUUUUUUUUGGAGUUAUCAAAUGGAAAUUCGUUUGUUUUAAACAACGAAUUUCAACUUGUAUGGCACGCAUUAAUUAUGUUUCUAUGAUGUUAUAGUUAUCCGAACUAUAUAAGUUUGCGCCAAAGUACUUUCAAAGAUUAUUUACAAGCCAAUUAUUAUUAUUUAAAUGUAAAAAUGCGCUCAAAUCAAAUUUAUGAUUUCUUACUGAACACUUGUGUCGUUCACUUAAGCAAAAGCGUAAUUCUGAAGUAACUUUUAAGAGAGCGAAUUAAAGCAAGCGAGUGAAGAAAUUAAAAAGUAUGAUAGAAAAAAUGAGUUUGCUAAAACAACUGUUGCGCACGAUUUUUUUUAUCUCAAUUUGUGUAUACUUUUUCAUCUAUGCUAAGCUUUAAAUCAUCGUACUUUAGAAUUAUAUAAGUAUAUUUAUUAAACGGUAAAUAUUUGUAGCUGUUCCAAGUGCAAUUUAUAUUUAACUAAACUAACAAAUCAACAACCGAUGACCUUUGAAAUGCAGCUCUAACAGAAUUCUGAUGUAAACUGUGUGUGGCAAUAAAUAAGAAAUAUAGAACAGGACAUAGGAACUCAGUAAAUUAUGUAAAUGAGUUCACUACACAACAUACAUAUAAAUAUGAUAAUUGUGCAAUGAAGCAAUACGCUGUUGCUAUACAAAUGCAAUUUCGUUAAACAUUGUGUAUGAAUCUAUAAUAUUUGAAGAAACACAAAUUAAACAGCUUAACAAAUAACAGUAACCAAACAGUGAGUUAUUAUACGAAUUCUAUUUACAAUCUAACUCGGAACGUGCACAGGUGUGCAACGAAAUUGCAUUUUAUAGCAAUAUGUGUGUAGUUUAUACUUGUAAUAAGCCCCAAUAAUAAAAGUUUCAAAUCACAAUAUUACAAAAAAAUAAUAAAAAUAAAAAAUA